AUGGGAGUUGUUAGUGUUUCGAGCUCAGCUUCUCGUACACCACUAGGAUUGAACACGAAAUUUUCAACUUACAGAUCUACGGCUAAAAGGCCAUUGAUUGUAGCAUUUAAAGCAGACAAAUCCAAGAAAACAUCUUUGGUUGUACCACACGAUCAAAUCCCAUUGCCGAUAGAAACACCGAAGGAGAAGAAGAGACUUGCUGUCCGCACUGAAGUUUCUCCAUGUGAAUUGGAUGUGGAUUACAAUGAAGCUGCCGCGAAACUUGAAAACAUAUACAAGCUUAGCCCUGUAACUGAUACUUCUGAUGUGGAAGAUGUAAAUGGUGUGAUUAGGAGACGUAGGCAAAGGAAGAGGAAGACUAGUGAAGGUGAGGAAGAUGAGGGUAGGACUAGUAAAAUCAUUGUGAGGAACCAGGCGAAGAAGGCUAAACGAUUGAGUCUCGAGAAACGAAAAGCAUUGAGGAUCAAGAACGACGAGAAAUUGGUGACUUCUGUUGGAAAGCGAAAAGAUCGAAAGAAUGAAAAUGAAAAGAUUGAUGAACUUGUGAGGGAGUAUUCUGCUUCAACUGAUUUGGUCAGCCUGGACUGGAAAAAAAUGAAGAUUCCUCCAGUCCUUACUUCAGCAGAGCAUACCUGGUUAUUUAAGUUGAUGCAGCCUAUGAAAGCACUCCUUCAAUUGAAAGAGCAUUUGCAAGAAAAUAUGGGGAGAGAACCAACUGAUAGUGAAUUAGCUGAGGCAACAAAUAUGGAUGUGCUCCAAGUAAGAAAACAAAUAGAGGUCGGUCGGGCUGCCAGGAACAAGCUUAUAAAGCACAAUCUCCGGCUUGUUUUGUUUGUGAUCAACAAAUAUUUUCAAGACUUUGCAAAUGGGCCAAGAUUUCAAGAUCUUUGUCAGGCGGGAGUGAAGGGACUUAUUACAGCAAUUGAUCGCUUUGAACCCAAAAGGAGAUUCCGGCUCUCCACUUAUGGGCUGUUUUGGAUUAGACAUGCCAUCAUACGGUCAAUGACACUGUCAAGCUUCACGCGUGUUUCGUUCGGCCUGGAAUCGAUUCGAUCAGAAAUCCAGAAAGCAAAACUUGAAUUGUGGUUUCAACUUAAAAGGAAACCAACAGAGGAAGAGAUUAUUGAAAAAGUUGGGAUCUCCCCCGAGAGGUAUCAUGAAGUGACAAGGGCCUCAAAACCUGUUUUGUCUCUCCAUUCAAGACACAAAACAACAGAAGAAGAGUUGAUUAGUGGAGUUGCUGAUGUUGAUGGAGGUGAUGACCGGAGGCAAUCAGCUCUUCUCAGGCUUGCUCUUGAUGAUGUGCUCGAUUCUUUAAAACCAAAGGAGAGCUUGGUGGUCCGACAGAGAUACGGGCUUGAUGGUAAAGGGGAUAGAACAUUAGGAGAGAUUGCUGGGAACUUAAAUAUCUCGAGAGAAAUGGUCAGGAAGCACGAAGUUAAGGCACUCAUGAAGCUCAAGCAUCCAACUAGGGUGGAUUAUCUUCGCCGCUACGUUGUCUGA